AUGAGUAAGCUCCAGGGAGAAGCCGUGAGAGAGGCGAUAUCCGCCAUUGUCGCUCACUCCAAGGACACAAAGCCUCGCAAGUUCACCGAGACAAUCGAGCUCCAGAUUGGUCUCAAGAACUAUGACCCACAAAAGGACAAGAGGUUUAGCGGAUCCGUGAAAUUGCCUCACGUUCCAAGGCCAAAGAUGAAGAUUUGCAUGCUCGGUGACGCCCAGCACGUUGAAGAGGCUGAGAAGAUUGGAUUGGAGUCUAUGGAUGUUGAAGCUCUUAAGAAGUUGAACAAGAACAAGAAACUUGUUAAGAAGCUCGCCAAGAAGUUCCAUGCUUUCCUUGCUUCCGAAUCUGUCAUUAAGCAGAUUCCUCGUCUUCUCGGUCCCGGUCUCAACAAGGCAGGAAAGUUCCCAACACUUGUGAGCCACCAAGAGUCUUUGGAAGCCAAAGUGAAUGAGACAAAGGCAACAGUGAAGUUCCAGCUCAAGAAGGUUCUUUGUAUGGGAGUCGCUGUUGGUAACCUUGGCAUGGAAGAGAAGCAGAUCUUCCAGAAUGUUCAGAUGAGCGUUAACUUCCUUGUCUCGCUCUUGAAGAAGAACUGGCAGAACGUGAGGUGCUUGUACUUGAAGAGCACAAUGGGUCCACCAAACCGGGUUUUCUAA